GCAGAGUGAGCCCUGCGCACGCCGAGCCGGGCGGCGCGGCCGCGGGCGGGGGCGGGGCCUGCGGCGCGAGCCCCGGGGCGCAGCGGAGACGAAGAAAACUUGCUUGAUGUCAUACAACCAGCAGUCAACUGAGUUGGGGCCUUGACUUCAGUUAGUCGGAUGCCAACUUUUGACCCCCUACAUCAGCAUCAUGGAAGAACGUGGAUUCCCAGGUCUUGACUAGGUCUCUCCAAUCAGAAUUACAAUGGAGCUGAGAUUCUGCCUGCUUAACAAGUUCCCCAGGUUGGAGAGAAGCCUGGCCCUGGCCAUCAGGAAUCUGAUGCUGACCUUGGCUGUCCUUACCUAUUGGGCAGAUGUACGCUGGGCCAAUGUCCUGGACCCAGCACAGAAAUUACAGCCUACUUGUGGAAGCCUGCAGCAGGCCAGAAAGGCUCCUGUCCAAGGCCAAACCAUCUUGCCAUUGUAUUAUUGCUCCAAACAGGAAGGGGCCUCUCCGAUUCUGACGGAAAAGCAGGCCAAGCAGCUCCUGAGAUCCCGACGGCAGGACAGGCCGAGCAAACCCGGGUUCCCUGACGAGCCCAUGCGGGAGUACAUGCAUCAUCUGCUCCGCCUGGAGCACCGGGCCGAGGAGCAGUUCCUGGAGCACUGGCUGAACCCUCACUGCAAGCCCCACUGUGACAGGAACGUGGUCCAUCCCGUGUGAGGGGCUCGGGACCAGCCUCUGCAAGCAUUUUCACAAGCACCCACCUGGCUACUGUCGAAACAGGACGAGGCUCCUUCUUUCAUUUGUUUUUCAGUUGCGGAAAUGGAUGGGUUCAGACCUUGUGAGCUGUGGCCACAGCAGAGGUUGCUUUGGGGAUUGAUGGCAAAUAUAUACACGCUGCUUCAUUUUA